AUGAUAAUGCCAAUUUUUUGUGCCCAAAUAAAACAAAAUUUAGGUAUCCCCAGUGUGGUGUUCGAUCCGCGGGACGAUCCACACCUCCAACAAGCUCUCCCUCGUGGUUUAGGAGCCUGUAUCCGCCGCAUGGAUGACCGUACGGCACUCAAGCUGGUGGAUCUGGGUCGUCGUUAUUUUGAUACCUUGGUGCUGUGCGGCAAGCUGGACAGCUCCGGACCUUGCGGUAUCGAGGCUAACUGUUUGAUUACUGGUGACUGGUCUACUUGGGAGGCCAACAAGGUUGUUUGUUGCGUAUGCACGAAAAUGUUCAUCGGAUUUUUUAAUUCCUUCGAGGACAAUUUUCGGAAAGGUGAUGUUUUCAACAGUUUCUUUCAACACAUCGCUGCGCGUCGUCAGUGCCGGUACCGAAAGCGACCUCAGUAA